UCCCGCGGACACGCCCUGCCUCCCUCCUCAUCCCUCAUGACAACAGCCUCAGCCUCAGCAUCCUCCUCCUCCACAAUCACACGAGCAGCUGCCUGCGAAACACCCCGCAUCACAGGACUUCAGUGGCGUUUCAAUCCAGACCUCUGAAGCUUAGACCACUGCGCUAACCUUACCGUCUCGUGUUUCGACAUAAACAUAGCAUUCCGUUCUCAUCUAAGUUCCCGUUAUCGUCUAGCAUCAUGACGGACGCAGUAGCUGAGUGUAAUAUUAAAGUGCUCUGUCGCUUUAGGCCUCUCAAUCAGGCCGAGAUCCUGCGCGGCGACAAAUUCCUGCCGACCUUUCAAGGGGACGACACCGUCAUCAUCGGGGGAAAACCGUACGUGUUCGACCAUGUGUUUCCCACCAACACCACCCAAGAGCAGGUGUACAACACCUGCGCCAAGCAGAUUGUCAAAGAUGUGCUGGGAGGUUACAACGGCACCAUCUUCGCUUAUGGACAAACCUCCUCUGGAAAGACCCAUACCAUGGAGGGCAAACUUCAUGACCCACAGCAGAUGGGCAUCAUUCCCCGCAUCGCAGAGGACAUCUUCAACCACAUCUUCUCCAUGGAUGAGAACCUGGAGUUCCACAUCAAGGUGUCUUACUUUGAGAUCUAUAUGGAGAAAAUCCGGGAUCUUCUGGAUGUCACGAAGACCAACCUGUCUGUGCAUGAGGAUAAGAACCGCGUCCCUUACGUGAAGGGCUGCACCGAGCGCUUCGUGUCCAGUCCUGAAGAGGUCAUGGACGUCAUCGACGAGGGAAAGUCCAACCGGCAUGUCGCUGUCACCAAUAUGAAUGAGCACAGCUCUCGCAGUCACAGCAUCUUCCUGAUCAACAUCAAGCAGGAGCACGUGGAGACGGAGCAGAAACUCUGUGGAAAGCUCUACCUGGUGGAUCUGGCUGGCAGUGAGAAGGUCAGUAAGACCGGUGCAGCUGGAGCCGUCCUGGAUGAAGCUAAAAACAUCAAUAAGUCUCUGUCUUCUCUUGGCAAUGUCAUCUCUGCUCUUGCUGAAGGAACUAAGACUCACGUGCCGUAUCGUGACAGUAAGAUGACCAGGAUCUUGCAGGACUCUCUGGGAGGAAACUGCCGGACCACCAUGUUCAUCUGCUGCUCUCCCUCGAGCUACAACGACGCCGAGACCAAAUCCACCCUCAUGUUUGGACAGCGUGCUAAGACCAUCAAGAACACGGCCUCCAUUAACCUGGAGCUGACAGCUGAGCAGUGGAAGAGGAAGUAUGAGAAAGAAAAGGAGAAGAGCAAGAGCUUGAGGGACACCAUCCAGAGGCUGGAGCUGGAGCUGCUGCGCUGGCGCAGUGGUGAGCCUUUGCACUGCUCUGAUGAGUCAAGAGAGAAUGUUCCAGAGAUGGAGCAGGCAGAUGCAGAUGUGGUGAAGCUGGACGGCAGUGAUGAGAUGUCUCUGGAUAAUGAGAGAUCAUCCGAGCGCCAGCGGGAGCGAGAGAGAGACUCUGACUCCUCCUCUAUUGUGGUGCGGAUCUCAGAGGAAGAGCGGCAGAAAUAUGAGGAAGAGAUCCGCAAACUCUACCGACAGCUGGACGAUAAGGAUGAUGAGAUCAAUCUUCAGUGUCAGCUGGCGGAGAAGCUGAAGGAGCAGAUACUGGAUCAGGAUGAGUUGCUGGCAUCCACGCGUGGAGACAGUGAUAAGGUGCAGACGGAGCUGGGCCGCCUGCAGACGGAGAGUGAGAGCGCCAAAUCCGAAGUGCGGGAGGUUCUGCAGGCGCUGGAGGAGCUGGCGGUCAACUACGACCAGAAGAGUCAGGAGGUGGAGGAGAAGAACCUGCACAACAAACAGCUGGCCGAGCAGCUCAGCCUCAAGAUGGCAAAUCUGAUGGAGCUGGAGGCGGAGCUUGCUCAAAUGCAGGAAGUGAGCUCGCAGCAGCGGAAGCGCAUCGCUGACGUGUUAAACGGGCUGAUGAAGGACCUCAGCGAGUUCAGCAGCAUAGUCGGCAAUGGAGAAAUCAAGCUCCCGGUGGAGAUCAGUGGUGCGAUCGAGGAGGAGUUCACCGUGGCGCGGCUAUACAUCAGUAAGAUCAAGUCGGAGGUGAAGUCGAUGGUGAAGCGCUGCAGACAGCUGGAGAACAUGCAGCUGGAGUGCCAUCGCAAGAUGGAGGAAACCAGCCGAGAGCUGUCCUCCUGCCAGCUGCUCGUCUCUCAGCACGAGGCAAAGAUUCGGUCUCUCACAGAAUACAUGCAGAACGUGGAGCAAAAAAAGAGGCAGCUGGAGGAUAAUUAUGACGCUCUUAGUGAAGAAUUCUUCAUGCUGCAGAACUCAGAGAAUCACGUGGCAGAAGUGGAUGGAGGAGAGAAGGCAGACAGAGAGGCUGGUGGGAAGAAGGCCGCCGGUCGUCCUGCUCUCCACGCAGAGUCUCGUCAGAAGCAGCUCAGCCACCUGCGGGAUGAAAUUAAUGAGAAGCAGCGCCUCAUCGACGAUCUUACUGAUAAGAAUCAGGCUCUGGAGCUGGAGCUAGCUCACGUGCGGUCCAGUCUCAGUAACCUCAAACUGCAGGACGACACCAAGAGCGCCUGCCUGGAGCAGCUGUCGUUUCAGCAGGAGAGAAACGAGCAGUCCAAACAGGAUCUCAAGCGCCUUGAGGAGACUGUUGCCCGUGAACUCCAGACCCUCCACAACCUGCGCAAGCUGUUCGUUCAAGACCUCACGACUCGGGUUAAAAAAAGUACAGAAAUUGGACCUGAUGAUAGUGGGGGGUCUAACACUCAGAAACAGAAGAUUUCCUUUCUUGAGAACAACCUGGAUCAGCUUACAAAGGUUCAUAAACAGCUGGUACGUGAUAACGCAGAUCUGCGCUGUGAGCUUCCGAAGCUGGAGAAGCGUCUUCGUUCUACGGCUGAGCGGGUUCGGGCGCUGGAGACAGCACUGAAGGAUGCUAAACAGGGUGCCAUGAAUGACCGCCGGCGCUACCAGCAGGAAGUGGAGCGCAUCCGUGACGCCAUGCGCCUGCGCUAUCCUCCGCGUCGAUCCAACGCUGCUCAGAUCGCUAAGCCAGUGAGACCUGGGCACCAUGUUGCAGCCACAUCUCCCACCAGCUUCUCCUUCACACGCGCGAGUAAACCUGCCACGUCCUACAGCAACGCUGUCUUCCUGCAAGAAGACAAAUCUGCUCCUCAGAAAACCAACACUGUUGGGUACAGCACUGUGAGAUCCAUGGACAUAAUGAGCUCCUGUCCGCUCGACGUGGAGAACGGAAAUAGUACAGAUAUUAAUGAUAACAGGAGCGAUGUUCACUGUGGCAGCAUGGUGGACGAUGAUUCACCAAUCUACAUCAUGCAACAGGAGACUGCAGCCAGUUAAUCGUUUAAUAUAUUCCAGUUGUGUGCAUGCAGCCGUCCAGCCCUCGCCAUCUUCGUAUAGAGCUCCAGAACUUUCAUUCCUAGACGUCUUGGCUCUGUAGCAUCUUAUACUGUAUGGAAUAUAUCGUUCAUGCAGAGUCAUAUCACAUUUCCCGUCUUAUGUAUCUCACUGUUGCAUGUUUAUCUGUUUAGUAAGAAAACAGCUCAUAGGUUGUAAAUGAACCCUCACGUACAGUAGAUAUUUGAAUACACACAUCUGUAUUGCUUGCUUUAUAAAACAGGAGAGUAUGAGAAAUAACUUCCCUUUAGUCUUGCUGAGCCUUAAAGACAGACGGUUAAAUAUUGUGAAUGUGUAUGCGCAAAUACACAGUCCUAGAUUCACAUAUAACAGUGUGUGUGUCAUCAUGUAGAUUUUGAUACAUAUUAUAUUCAAGUACUGACUACCUCCAAUUGUGAAAAAAACUACAUCAAAAAAAAAACAUUUUCAAUAAUAAUUGAUUUGCAUCGUAUUAUUUUUCACAUCUAAAAUGAUCGGGAUGAAAAAUUGUUGUGAUAUGUCAAGAGAACAUAUCAUAGCGAUUCACAGAUGCUGCGGUUGUAAAUCGCCCCAAAUGCUUCCGUUAUUCUGCCAAAGGCUCUGACCAAUCACAGCUCUUAUUUCUCUCACAAAAUCCUGAUCAGCCAGUCAGGAUGAUAGAAUGAAGAGCCGUGUGGUCUUUCCCUGCAGGAUCGUGUAAGCUCUGUCAGAUGAAUGUGUGACUGUUUUUUCAAAUUCUUCAGUUCUUUUUCAGGAUGUCUGUAGACAGAUUCACUUCACUUGUAUAUUUAGCAAGACAAGGCCGUAUAAACUGUAUUAUGAUGAAGGUUUAAUUAUAGAUUUAGUUAGCACUGAAAUGUUCGCUUCUUCCACUUCUUCACUAAUUCAAACCUCUGUCGUCACCACUAGAAGAGAAAAUCUCACUUCAGAAACAGAUGAAGAGCAUUUGUGCAAUAGGUCAGCUGAUUUACUCAAGAUAUCUUUAUUAAAGGUUGUUUUGUGUGAUAUAUGUACAGUGUGCUAGUUUGCUGGAAGCCAAUCCGAGAAAUAAAUGUAAUUCAAAGAAAACUGUGUGUAUGUACCUUCUUCACCAUAUUUUGGGUACAAAUUUGUACCUAAAAAUGAGCAAAACUUAAAUAAAAUCUCCAGAAACCUCUC